AUGCUGUUUGACGUGUGGGUGUUGGCGCCAUUGGUGUUAGGCUGCGGCAAGGAUUCUUCGGUUGGUUCGGCUCCGCGGUUUGCCGUUGCAUCGCCCGCCCCCCACGGCCGUGUUCCACAAGCAACGCGAACACCAGUGUCAAGUGUCUGUGAUGUCCUCAAUCCCUGCACCGCAGUCGAACUCACGCCUUCGUCGCUUGUGGUUGGUCGUUUUUACAUGUUUGGAUCGUGUGUGCCCAAGGCACAGACAGAUCCGUGCCCGAUCGGGUCGCUCGUCGCUGACGUCCACGAUAGUGCGUGCCGAUGGUAUGCAUUCGCCGUUAAUUUUCAACCGGACCCAAUCAGUUUUCAACAACGCAACGGAUGUGACAUCCACGAACCCUUUUACAAGUACUUGGCCCACCGGUUCUUGAAGCGCAUGUACGGGCACCCGGCGGAAGAAACGCUCAUCUUAGGGAUCAGGUCGUUCCUCGGGCACCGACGCCAUCCCAUCGUGGUUGACGCGCGUGAAAACGUAGUGGACACUCUGGCCCCGAGAUUCAAGGUGGCUGACAGUGUAUGGAAUUUGCAACAGCCGCUCGAGCACACGACUGAAGGCUACGUACGUCGCAAUAUUUGA